AGAGAGGGAGAGCAAGCGAGAGAAAGCGCGCAAUAGAGGGAGACUGUACACACUCUAGCAUCAGUAUGUGACUACCGGUGCCUGAUAACACUGAUAUUGAGCUCCUUCAGCAGAGAACUUGCUGAGCUACCUUUUUUCAUUUGCAAGAGGAUGCCAGCUCUAAGCCUGUGCAACCGAUGACAGACUGGACGUUGGAAUAGUUCAUUUUACUUACAAUUACAUCUCUCAUGUUCUGCAUCUCUGAAAAAAGGCUUAUUACUGAAGACAAAAAUUCGUCCUCUCCCCUUAGCUCACAUAAUACUGAUGAUAUACAGAGUUUGAUCUUCCAGUGAAAGCUGCUGAAUUGUCAGGUUUCUGUUAUCUUCAGUGGAAGCUCCCAAGACUGUUUGAUAGAAAAGAUAUUUCUAAAUGCUUGGUUAGUCAUCAAGCUACAAAACAAAUUCAAGACCAGAAGACAAAAAGGCAGUUGAAGUAGUAAUUCUUCAGAAGAAUUAAGACACCAGUGUCUUUGAGGUGUUGUGAAAUGAGCAGAGAAUAAAUUUUAUUUGAAGCAAGCAGAGAGGAGAAGCACAUGAUUUUGGCUACACCGCGUGUCUGGAACCCAAGAAGGAGGCUUGCGGGUAAACUGCUGGUGGAGUUAAAACACUCUGAAGAGAAGUAACAGCCUCUACCUGUUAACUUACAAAUCAACAGAAGAAUUGUGCAUCGCUAGACAAUAUAAAGCUAAAUGAGUACUUUUUUCAGCUAAAAAGGCAGUUGAUUUGAUUUGUCAAGUCAUUUGGAAAAGGAGGAGUGGAGGAGUGCCCUAUAACCACUGAAGAAUAGAAAAUGGCCGGCUGUGGAACUCUAUUGUGAAGACCUCGGAAGAAAUAUCAAUUUUUCCAGUCAGCUUUUCAUAAUGUAAAUAUAAUUUGAACUUUCCCAAAUGGGCAGCUAAACAAUGAACAAGAGGAAAACCCCAAUUUGGACUGUAUUUCUGAACCAGGCUUCACCUUCUGUCUCGGGAAUUUAUUAAAGGAUUACAGCUGAAAAAGACAAGAGAAAGAAAACCUUGAACAGGAAGCUUGUCCUACAAUGAGAAUUACAUCUUGUAUCUGCCCAGUCCUAGUUUGUCUCUGUUUUGUGCAGAGGUGUUAUGGAGCUGCUCACCAUGGCUCCAUCAAGGUGACUAGAAAUCAAACCAAACACAUAGAAGGCGAAACAGAAGUGCAUCAUCGUCCCAAGCGUGGAUGGGUGUGGAAUCAGUUCUUUGUUUUAGAAGAACAUAUGGGACCAGAUCCUCAGUAUGUAGGAAAGUUGCAUUCCAACUCCGACAAAGGUGAUGGAUCAGUCAAAUACAUUCUCACUGGAGAAGGGGCAGGGACUAUAUUUAUUAUUGAUGACACGACUGGAGACAUCCAUUCAACCAAAAGCCUAGAUCGAGAGCAGAAGACACACUAUGUGCUUCAUGCCCAAGCUAUUGAUAGACGGACAAACAAGCCACUUGAGCCUGAAUCUGAAUUUAUUAUCAAAGUGCAGGAUAUCAAUGACAAUGCACCAAAAUUUACAGAUGGACCAUACAUUGUCACUGUACCAGAGAUGUCUGAAAUGGGUACAUCUGUUCUACAGGUGACAGCCACAGAUGCAGAUGAUCCCACAUAUGGAAACAGCGCCAGAGUAGUGUACAGUAUUCUUCAGGGACAGCCAUAUUUCUCAGUUGAUCCCAAAACAGGAGUCAUCAGGACUGCCUUGCACAACAUGGACAGGGAAGCCAGAGAGCAUUAUUCCGUUGUCAUUCAAGCCAAAGAUAUGGCUGGGCAGGUCGGAGGGCUGUCAGGGUCAACAACUGUAAAUAUCACACUCACUGAUGUCAACGACAAUCCACCCAGGUUUCCUCAGAAACAUUAUCAACUGUAUGUUCCCGAGUCAGCUCAAGUUGGAUCAGCAGUUGGGAAAAUCAAAGCAAAUGAUGCAGACACUGGUUCCAAUGCAGACAUGAAGUACACAAUUAUAAAUGGCGAUGGCUCUGGGGUAUUCUCCAUAUCUACUGACAAAGAAACAAGGGAAGGAAUUCUUUCCCUCAAGAAGCCUCUCAACUAUGAAAAAAAGAAAUCAUAUACUCUUAAUAUAGAAGGAGCAAAUACUCACCUUGAUUUCCGCUUUUCGCACUUGGGACCUUUCAAAGAUGUAACAAUGCUGAAGAUCAUCGUUGGCGAUGUGGAUGAACCUCCACUCUUCACUAUGCCUUCCUAUGUCAUGGAAGUUUAUGAAAAUGCAAAGAUUGGGACUCCUGUUGGCACAGUAACGGCACAAGAUCCUGAUGCUGCAAACAGUUUAGUGAGAUAUUUCAUUGAUCAUAACACAGAAGAAGAUAGGUAUUUCACCAUUGAUGCUAGUACUGGGACCAUUAAGACUGCCAAGAUCUUUGACAGAGAGGAGACACCUUGGUACAACAUCACAGUGGCUGCUUCUGAGAUAGACAAUCCUGGACUGGUGAGCCACGUUCCAGUUGGUGUUAGAAUACUGGAUGUCAAUGACAAUCCUCCAGAGCUUGCCAGAGAUUAUGAUGUAGUCGUCUGUGAAAAUGCAAAGCCUGGUCAGGUAAUUCAGACUAUCACUGCAACUGACAAAGAUAACUCUGCAAAUGGAGCGAGAUUCCAUUUUUCUCUUGAUGAAGGGCUUUCUUUGAAUCCCAACUUUACUCUAAGGAACAAUGAAGAUAAUACGGCCAGUAUCCUGACAAGACGAAGGAGAUACAGCCGAACCACUCAAGACACCUAUUACCUCCCAGUUUUGAUUUCCGAUGGUGGAGUGCCCCCUCUCAGCAGCAGUAGUACCCUCACCAUUCGGGUUUGUGCAUGUGAGAGAGAUGGACGAGUGAGAACUUGCCAUGCUGAAGCUUUCCUCUCCUCGGCUGGCUUGAGCACAGGAGCUUUAAUCGCAAUCCUGCUCUGUAUUGUAAUUCUUCUUGUUUUCUCUUUAGCAAUUGUGGUCCUUUUCAUCACCUUAAGACGUAGCAAGAAGGAGCCCUUGAUCAUCUCAGAAGAAGACGUCCGGGAAAAUGUUGUGACAUAUGAUGAUGAGGGUGGUGGAGAGGAAGACACAGAAGCAUUUGACAUCACUGCACUGCGGAAUCCAUCUGCGGCUGAAGAACUAAAAUACCGGAGAGAUGUUCGUCCUGAAGCGAAGCCUGUGUCCAGACAUCAUCUCUCCUCAAGCCUUGACAGUAUAGAUGUUCAGGAGUUCAUUAAGCAAAGACUGGCAGAGGCUGAUCUGGACCCCAGUGUGCCACCAUAUGACUCCCUGCAGACAUAUGCCUAUGAGGGUCAUAGAUCAGAAGCUGGAUCUAUCAGCUCUCUGGAUUCAGCCACAACACACUCUGACCAGGAUUAUAAUUACCUUGGAGACUGGGGACCUGAGUUCAAGAAGCUAGCUGAACUCUAUGGGGAAAUAGAAUCAGAAAGAACAACUUAGUUGUAAUUCCCAAAACAGAGAAGUUCCUAAACAACUGGACAUAUAAUGACAGCAACGGUAACAAAAAAAAGUGAAUACAGUACUUGGACCUAAGUUAUGUGCAGUUACUGUAGAACAAGUGCCCUUUUCAUAUUUGAAACUGGGUUCUCCAAUUGGAAGAAAAUCAAAUUUUGAAAAAUACAGAAAAAAGAAUAUAUUGUCCCUUGUGUCUUUUUUUUUAAUUGCUCAAUAAAGUUUGUGGUACCGUAUCUGCAACAAUACCUACAGUAAAGCCAAGCAAUGACAUUUUUAUUUCAAUAUGCGUAACAUCUCCAAGCUACAGUAAGUUUAUGGUCAUGUCUGUUUAAGAAGAUAGGUAAUGGAGGAGCUAAUCUCUUGCAGGUGGUUGUAAUGUUGCUUUUCUAGCUGUGCUCUAGGCCUUGUGAUCUCAAUGUGAGGUAGCCAUGGGGGCUUACUAUCAGUGUGAGAAGUGCUACCAGUCUGUUUUCUUUACAGAGGUGAUAAGCUACACCUGUCCUCUUAAAUAAACGGUCCUUUGAUGAUUUAAUCUUAUUGAAUUAGCAGGUUGCAUUGAGAAGCUGCCAUUUCAUAAUGUCCUUCAUAAUCUUGUCAUCCAUAACCAGCUAACAGAUGGAGGACAUCCUUAGCUGUAGCUCAAACACGGCUGUAAACCCAGACCUGCUCUGUUACUACUGCGUGCUGAAGGAACUGUUAUUUACAGUGUUGUGCUUUUUCUUUUUGUCUUUUCAUGGAAACAUCAUUCAUUUAAAUAGAAUGGGCCCAAAGUAGUCUUUAUGCAGCGAAGCAGAUGAAGUGUAGGCUCUUUCAAUAAAAACAAUGACAGCACCA